GUUAGGCAACACGUAAUACACGUGUCACCUGUCAGUAAAAUGCCAGCAGUUGUGUCAAAUUAAUUUCGUACUUUUUUGUUAUUUAAAUUGUUGUGAUUUCGUAAUAAUGGUACGCAGUGCCGUCGCCGAUGACCGCCUCUUAUCAUACUUUCACACCGUUGCCAAACAAAACAAUUUUUCAGUAGGAUUAAUUCUAGGCCAGUCAGUUUCGGGUAAAGACUACGUUAUACACUUUGCCAAGACUUCGCACGAGUCCAAAGACAGUGCCCUCAAGGGCAUAAACGACGUGAACGAGGAGUGGGUGGCGGAUCAUGCCCGCCAGGCCACUCGGAUGCUCCCAGGGGGCAUGCACGUCUUGGGGCUGUUUGUGGUGGCGCCUGACGAUGUUUUAAGCCCGUUCUCGCCCAAAGUCAAGUCCAUCCUUAACCGGGUGCACAAACAUCUCGAGUUGCAAAAGUACCUCUUUGGGAAUCCCCCAAAUAGCGAAAAACUCGUCUUGCACUACUCGACGACCAGUCACCAGUUCACGAGUAAGAGCUUCGAAGUGGGGGUUGGGAGUGUGAAGCCUGCCGAUUUUAAAUUCGUGACAAGUCCCAUCAAAUGGGGCACAAUUCAGUGUAAAUAUCAGAUAGACCAGGUGUACCAUAUCGGGGAAAAUGAGAGCGACUGGCCGCUCAAAAAGCACAUGGGGAUCAUUUUGGACCGAAUGAGUCGCAAUUUGAAGUCGUCGGUUUUUUUGUUUGAUGGGGAGCUGAAAGAGGGGGAGGAGAGCAUCGAAAGUAUCGGUAAAAAGAAAAUUCCUAGGAGUAAUAAAUCGAGUGGCCACGAGGACCACUCAAAGCCCCUCCAAGUGACCAUUUUGCAACCAUAUGAUGGCAGCGAUCAAAAUUCGUUCGAAAUCAGCGAGACUGGCAACCAAAUCCGCAUUUUCGGGCACGUGUUUACGAAACUGUGGGUGUGUCCGAAAAUUUCGGUUGGGGACGCUUCGUACGCCGUCAUUCAAGACAUAAUGAGGAGUCUUUCGACUCGCUUGGAGAUGCAUUGGGAUUCGCUGACUGAAGAAGAACAUGCCGAAGACAUCAACAGUGUGCAUGAGCCCCCACGCCGCGUUUUAAUCUCGCUCCCGAAUAGCAGUAUCGCAAUUUCUGAUUAUCUCUUUCCUGGAGAGGGCCCCCAGGAUGCGAAAAUCUCGCUCGAGGAGAUGCUAGAUAUUGAGAUUCAUGACGAGGGCGAUGUUGUGGACGUGGAAGGGCAAGCUGAUUUGACCGAAUUCUAUAACGACGCGGUAGAAUCGGACAGUGAAGAAGUGGUAACGAAAAAACCCGCUGAGAGUAAAUCGCUGUAUUACAUUGCUUUGGGAGUCGCCUUACUAAUACUGAUUAUAUCUCUUGUGACACAUUUUAUCCAACAGAAAUAAAGGGUAAAAUCGGUUGUUUUAGCUGUUAUUACGUGUUGCAUUUAUUUUUUGUAUCCAAUAAAAUUUUAAUACUU